UUCACGGCAGUCUGGCGGAGAAGUGCUGCAGCAGAAGAGAUCAGAGCUCGACACACCGGUGGCGUAAUGGCCAGCCCCGGCGUGCGGUUGUUCGUAUCGGUCUUGUGGUUGGUGACCUGCUCUUUGGCGCAAUUCCAGUCUGCAUCAUCCAACUUGACAGGUUUAUAUGGCAGAGUAGAUUCCAGCAGUGGCUACCAUUCAGGUAGCAGUAGCAGCUAUGAUGCACCGGGCAGCAGUUACAACACAUAUCCUGUCAUAGGCAGUAGGACACCACCAGCAGGUUGUAUUGGUUCUGCCUGUUGCAUACCAAAAUGUUUUGCAGAAAAAGGAUCAAGGGGACCACCUGGACCUCCAGGUCAGAUAGGACCAAAAGGACAGCAAGGAUUUCCUGGAAUGGAAGGUCUUCCAGGACCAAAGGGAGACAAAGGAGAUCCAGGCCCACAGGGGCCAAGAGGACCCAAAGGAGACCGGGGUAAAAUGGGAAUGCCUGGUUUCCCUGGCAUAAAUGGCAUACCUGGUGUACAAGGCCCUCCAGGCCCUUCAGGCCUUCCUGGCUUGGAUGGCUGCAAUGGAACUGAUGGACCUCCUGGUAUUCCUGGCUUACCAGGAGAGCAGGGCCCCAGAGGUUUUCCAGGACCUCUUGGUGUUAAAGGUGAAAAAGGAGAACCUGCCUAUGCUGGUCUAUUUCCAAAAGGACAGAAAGGAGAACCAGGAACGGAUGGAGUGAGAGGACCUCCUGGACCACCAGGAAGUUCAGGAGAAUCUGGCUAUCCUGGACCAAAAGGGGAAAUAGGUCCUGUGGGGCCGACGGGACCUCCUGGCAGUAAAGGAGAAAAAGGCAAUAUGGGUGUUGGUUAUGAAGGACAAAAGGGCCAUAAAGGAGAGAAAGGUGACAGAGGACCAGUAGGAAGUCCUGCAAGUCUCCCAUAUACAGGGCCAAAGGGCCUCACUAUUGGACCUAUAGGAGAUAAGGGAGAUAAAGGUGAAAGAGGAGAGACCGGACCUUAUGGACAAAAGGGAGAACCUGGUAUGACUGGAGAUCCAGGGCUUCCUGGAGACUUUGGAAUGAAAGGAGAGAAAGGGUUGCCUGGUUCUCCUGGGAGUCGAGGUCGUGAUGGUUUCCCAGGACCUCCUGGACCUAUAGGGCAGAAGGGUGAUCGAGGCUAUGAUGGACUUGAUGGGUUAUCUGGAAGGCCUGGACUGAAAGGAGAGCCAGGACUUGAUGGUCCAGCUGGACCACCUGGAUUACGUGGGCCACCUGGGCCUCCAGGAGGUGGCAAAGGAAGACCUGGACUUCCAGGGCCACCAGGCCCAAGAGGAUUUCCUGGACCUACAGGACCCAAAGGUUUAGAUGGAUAUCCAGGAGAACCAGGACCUCGAGGACCUCCUGGAAGUCCAGGAGGUCCAGGGUUGCAAGGAACACCUGGGCCCGAAGGCUUGCCUGGUGAUAAGGGUAGUAAAGGGGAGCCAGGUCUACCAGGUUUCCCUGGAGAUACUGGUCCCAGGGGCUUUCCUGGGCCACUAGGUUCCCCAGGGCCACGUGGGUUUCCAGGCGAGAAGGGUUUAUCCAUUGUUGGACCAAAAGGCAUGGAUGGUGCUCCUGGUCGUGAUGGUGCAAAAGGUCAGAAAGGAGAAAGAGGGUAUCCUGGACCUCGAGGAAUUCCAGGAGAUUCUCAGCAAGGAAUUUCUGGUCCUCCAGGAUUAAUAGGGCUUCCUGGAGAAAAGGGCAGGGAUGGAAGACCAGGCACACCUGGAUAUCCAGGUCCACCUGGUGACAAAGGUGAAAUUGGAGGCCGUUGUCAAGAUUGUCUUCCAGGACCUCGGGGAGAGAAAGGGGAUAGAGGACUUGAUGGUAUUCCAGGUCAACAAGGUCCACGUGGUCCUCCUGGAGAGAGAGGAUACCCAGGAGAGGUUGGGCAAGAUGGAAAUCCAGGUCCCUUUGGACCCCCUGGCCGCCCUGGCCAACCAGGUAUAAUAGGCCCACCUGGUGCCCCAGGAGAGAAAGGGGUCUCUAUUUUAGUCCCUGAAAGUCUAAUAAAAGGAAAUCCUGGUGAGAAGGGUGACAGAGGAGAACCAGGGCUCCCAGGCAUUGCAGGACCCCAAGGACCAGUAGGACAGCGUGGAAAAGAUGGGCUGCAAGGAUUUCCAGGCCAAAAGGGAGAACCUGGUGAGAGAGGAUUCCCAGGACAAGAUGGUAUUCCUGGUGAACCAGGUUUUUCAGGGCCUAAAGGUGAAAAAGGGCUUAGUAUUAAAGGAGAAGCUGGCAUUCCUGGGAGGAGAGGAGAGAAAGGAGACAAAGGCCAACCUGGACGUUAUGGUCCAAAAGGAGAACCUGGUUUUUGUCCACCUGCUAACUUCACAGAAGGUUUGAAGGGUGAGCGAGGAGCUCAAGGAGACAAAGGAGAACCGGGUCCACCUGGCAGGGAUGGAUAUCCUGGAGAAAGAGGGUUGCAGGGUUUACAGGGUGAAUUAGGACCACCUGGUCCCCCAGGUGUUCCAGGACGUGUUGGGCCACGAGGGUUACCAGGUCCACGGGGUGAAAAAGGUGAGACUGGGCCAAUGGGGUUCCCAGGUGAACCUGGUAGAGAUGGUAACAGAGGACUUCCUGGCACAGCUGCAGCCAAAGGUCAGAAAGGUGAACCAGGAAUUUCUGCUGUUGGGCCUCCUGGACCUCCUGGACCAUUUGGAGAAAAGGGAGAAAAAGGACUGCCAGGUCCUGUUGGAAAAUUUGGUAUUCCAGGAAAUCAAGGCUUACCUGGAUUCCCUGGUCCUCAGGGUGAAAUUGGAAGGCCUGGUUUGGAUGGCCUUCCUGGACAGGCAGGGUCUAAAGGUGAUCGUGGCCCCAUUGGACCGCCAGGACUGUCUGGAGCUGCAGGACAGCCUGGCCGUGAUGGACAGAAAGGGGAACCUGGUAUAGUUGGUGAACCUGGACGACCUGGUCUACCUGGUUUCCCAGGAAGUAAGGGUGACAAAGGUGCACCUGGAGCUGAUGGAGCAAAAGGAUUUGCAGGGCCCCGAGGAAUGCCUGGGAUCACUGGUGCUCCUGGUCUUGAUGGCUUUCCUGGUGAGAAAGGUGACAAGGGAGCAACUGGAAUAAAUGGUUUCCCUGGUGGACCUGGUCCUGAUGGACUUCCAGGUCCACCUGGUUUCAUUGGACAAAAAGGAGAUUUGGGAUUACAAGGACCACCAGGAUUAUCUGGCCCUGAUGGACCUCCUGGUCCAAAAGGUGAACCAGGUCUUUUAGGAUUGCCGGGCAAGAAAGGUGAACCUGGUCUUGUUUCUGAAAAAGGUCAAAAGGGAGAGCCAGGUUUACCAGGGUUGAGGGGACCUGAAGGUUUCCGGGGUACAGAUGGAAGACCAGGUUCAAAGGGAGAGCCUGGGUUACCAGGUAUUGGUCGACAAGGACUUCCAGGGCCAAAAGGAGAAUCAGGUAUUCCAGGAGAACCAGGUAUUCCAGGAAUACCAGGACAGAAAGGUGCUGCAGGGGUACCUGGCUUCCCAGGGCUUAAAGGAGACACGGGUCCACCGGGGCAAGCUGGAAAUCCAGGUCUACCAGGGCUGGAUGGUUUGCCAGGUGUGAAAGGAGAAUCUGGUUUCAUUGGUCCUCCAGGUCUGCCAGGGCUGAAGGGAGACAAGGGCUUUGCAGGACGUGAUGGGCUGGAUGGUCAGAAGGGUGACAUUGGACCACCAGGACUUCCAGGAACCCCUGGUUUUCCUGGCUUACAAGGUGGCAGAGGAGAUCGUGGUCCACCAGGUCCUAUGAUUGAUGUGAAAGGAGAUAAGGGAGAACCUGGACAGCCAGGACUACAAGGACUUCCAGGAGGAAAAGGAGAAGCAGGAUUCCCUGGGAGAGAUGGUCCUCCAGGAUUAAUUGGUCAAAAAGGACUUCCUGGCCAAAGAGGACUCCCUGGAGCAAUGGGGACUCCUGGACCUAAAGGUGAACCUGGACCUGCUGGACCAGUCGGUGCUCCAGGACUAACAGUUAAAGGAGAAAAGGGCUUGCCAGGACUAAUGGGAAAAAAUGGCAGAGAAGGACUACCAGGUGUUCCAGGCCAGAAGGGUGAACCUGGUUUGACAGGAUUACCAGGUCAACAGGGCAGUCCAGGGUUGCCUGGGCCUGUAGGUCCUCCUGGAGAGAAGGGAAUCCAGGGUUUCCCUGGCAUUCCAGGCUCACCAGGGUUUGAAGGUCCGCGUGGUUUGCCAGGUCUUCCUGGCCCAGCAGGUCUCCCAGGAACCAAGGGAGAUAAUGGCCCCCCUGGAUUAUUUGGAGUACCAGGAGAGAAAGGUGACCAGGGAAUUCCAGGACCUCCUGGAUUGCCUGGACUCCCUGGUUCUAAAGGAGAUCUAGGUUUUGAUGGUGCACCUGGAUUACCUGGGAUUCCAGGACAACGAGGUGAACCAGGCUUUGCAGGGAUAGCAGGCUUGGAUGGAGCACCAGGUUUACCAGGAUUGAAAGGAGAUAAGGGAGAACCAGGAUUAUCUCCACCUCCAGGACAAAAGGGUGAAAGGGGGCCACUAGGCAUUCCAGGUAGACCAGGUGAACGAGGUCUUCCAGGAUUAGAUGGUGCUCCUGGUAUUCCAGGAAUUAAAGGAGAAAAGGGAAGGCCAGGGCGAGAUGGUCUGCCUGGUCCAAGUGGAUUACCAGGUCUUCGAGGAGAAAUGGGUCUAGACGGGAUAGCAGGCAGUGAGGGUCCUCGUGGUGAGCCAGGAGUGAAGGGUCAGCCUGGUCUUCCUUGUGAACAACAGCCUGACUACUUGACAGGAAUACUGCUUGUCAAACACAGUCAAACGAUAGAAGUGCCACGCUGUGAGCCAGGGCACAUAAAACUGUGGGAUGGUUACAGUCUGCUUUAUAUAGAAGGCAAUGAGAAGGCCCAUCACCAAGACUUGGGUUUUGCUGGAUCUUGUAUACGAAAGUUCAGCACAAUGCCAUUCCUUUUCUGUGACUUCAAUAAUGUUUGUAACUAUGCCAGUCGUAAUGACAAAUCAUACUGGCUAUCAACCAGCUCACCUAUACCGAUGAUGCCUGUGGAAGAAACAAGUAUACGGCAAUAUAUUUCAAGAUGUGUUGUGUGUGAGGCCCCAGCAAAUGUAAUUGCCGUCCACAGCCAGUCUUUAGGUGUCCCUGACUGUCCACAAGGUUGGUCAGGACUAUGGAUUGGUUACAGUUUUGUUAUGCAUACUGCUGCUGGUGCUGAGGGAGGUGGCCAAUCACUAGCAAGCCCAGGAUCAUGUCUUGAAGACUUCAGGGCCACACCAUUUAUUGAAUGUAAUGGAGCCCGAGGAACGUGCCACUACUUUGCCAACAAAUUCAGUUUCUGGCUGGCAACUAUUGAAGAGUCAGAUCAAUUCCAGACCCCUCAGAGUCAAACUUUGAAGGCAGGAAGCCUGAGGACAAGAGUUAGUCGUUGUCAAGUCUGUAUCAAGAACACAUAGGUAGCGGUGGUCAGACAAGCCACUCUGGUAUCUGUCCUGCUAGUUGUUUGCCAUGCAGACCGAAUUGGGUUUAAGAUGUGUGAUAAGAGACAAGAAAGCAAUAUGUGAGAAAUGCUGCCUGCACACAUCUGAACUGAUGACUCGAAAAACGGAAGUGAGUGGACGUCCUACAUUUGUGUUCAUACGCUGAGAUUGUAAAGGUAACCACUUAAGUGAUGUGUUCCUCUUCUGCUAUUAAACUGCUUUCUCCAAUCUGUAUCUUGCCUACUGUAGUAAUUGUGUAUGGUCUUGCAAGCAGAUGUGUUAAAUAGUGUUGUGGUGGAAACAAAAUGUAACAAGUAUUAACAUACAA